AUGCUCAGCAGUGUCUUUUUGGUCAACAAUCAGGGCGUCAUUUUAAUUGAAAAGCAGUAUAAGGAGAAAGUUUCUAGGACCGAGAUCGAACAAGCUCUCUUAGCAAUUCAAACAAAAGGAAGUCAAGUUCCAGCAAUCAUAGAAAAUGGCGAUUUCACUAUUUUACUUCAUAAGCAAAAUGAGAUUUGGGUUGUUGGAGUUUGUGAAGGUGAUGAUUUUGCUCAAUUUGCGAUUUCAUUGCUUCAACACAUUGGCAGCCUCAUUGAAGACCUUCUUGCAAAGGGAGCAACAGAAAUUUCAGUCAAAGACGAAUACCCACAAGUUUAUCAAAUUCUUGAUCUUGCAGUCGACUACGGUUUCCCAUUCUUAGACGAAGGAAAUUCAAUUUCAACAGUCAUCAACCGCCCACCACCAGAUCCAAAGGUCCGCGGAUCCAACAAGAUCCAGUUCGAUCUCGACACUCCAUGGCGUCAAAUGGGCGUUAAAAGGCUUACAAAUGAAAUCUUACUUGAUUUUGUUGAAACGAUUGAUUUAGUUGUUUCCUCGAAUGGCCGCGUUGACUUUUCACAUAUUCGUGGUGAAAUACAGGUUAGCUCACGCCUUUCUGGCAAGCCAAUGGCUAAACUCGUGAUGAUGCCUUCAACACACUUUGAAGACGUCUGCUUCCACCGCUGCGCUAUGGUAGACACACCAGAUGCCAAAGUCAUUCCUUUCAUUCCACCAGAAGGCAAGUUUGUUUUACUUAAAUAUCGUUUAACAUCUGCACAAAUUAAUGCACCAAUCUGGCUUGUUCCUAAAUUCACAUGGUCUAAGGGCUCAGUUACAUUCGAAAUUGCUUUACGUCCUGAUCAAAACCUUUCAAAAGGUAUCGAAAAUAUUGUUAUCGAAUUCGAGUUCCCAAGAGGUGUCAAUACCCCAUCUCUUGCUGCUCCUGAAGGCCGCGCUUCAUUUGAUUCGAAGACAAACGUUGUUACAUGGAAUAUUCCAUUCUUCAGUAAGAAAGAAACGAUUACAUUCAAAGGUAGUGCUUCUACAGAGCAAGGCUUCGAGCUUUGCGGUCGCCAUCCAGUCGUAACAGCCCAGUUCAGCGUCACCGGCGCAAUCCCAUCGGGAUUCAAAGUUGACCACCUUGAUCUUGAGGCUGAGAGGCUUUACAAGGGAAUUAAGUACAUUUCUAAGGCUGGAAGUUAUGAAUUCAGAACUGGAUUUUAA